CCUCCAGAGCAGCUUAGAUGCCUUGGAUAAAGAAAAGACUAUGAUCAAGGAGUGUUUCCUCGACCUAGGUUCAUUUCCCGAGGACGAAAGAAUCUCUGCUGCCACCCUCAUUGACAUGUGGGCGGAGUUAUAUGGUCUAGAUGAAGAAAUUCUGACCAUUGCCAACCUUCACGGGCUCACCACCCGAAGUUUGGCGAAUCUUGUUGUCGCAAGGCACGAGAGGGAGGCGGAUGGCUAUUACACCGAACACUUCGUCACCCAGCAUGACAUGCUUAGGGACUUGGCGAUCCAUCAGGUGAUUCAAGACCCAAUAGAACAGAGGAAAAGGCUAGUUAUAAACAUAUGUGGGGACAACCGUCCUAAGUGGUUGACAAAACAAAAGUAUCAAGCGUCCAAGGCUCGACUAUUAUCUAUCUCAACAGAUGGAGCCUUCUCAGCAAAAUGGCCAAACAUGCAAGUACCCGAAGCAGAGGUUCUAGUUCUGAAUUUUCAAACAAAGAACUAUGCCUUACCUCAGUUCGUGGAGAAAAUGGAUAAACUAAAGGUUCUAAUAAUAACAAAUUACGGUUUGUCACCUGCUGGACUAGAUAAUUUUGAACUACUUGCUUCGUUAUCAAAUCUUAAGAGAAUUAGAUUAGAACGUAUUUCAAUUCCCUCCAUAAGCAAGGUCCUCAAACCUUUGAAAAGUCUGCAAAAGAUAUCAUUUUUCAAGUGUGAUAUCGGUCAAGGUUUCAACGACUGUUCCAUUUCAAUCUCAUCAGCAUUUCCAAAUCUAGAAGAAAUGAACAUCGACUAUUGCAGUGAUUUAAUUGAAUUGCCUGCCAGACUUUGUGAUCUUAGUAAACUAAAGAAGCUCAGUAUCACUAACUGUCAUAAGCUAUCUGCCUUGCCCGAAGGGAUUGGAAAGUUGGAAAAUUUAGAAAUGCUGAGGCUAAGAUCCUGCACAGAACUGUCGAAGCUCCCAACCUCAAUGAAGAACCUUGGAAAGUUAAAAUUUCUUGAUAAUCUGAUUGCUUUGGCAUAAAGGUGUUGCCCAAAGACAUUGGUGAAAUGAGUAGUUUAAGAAAGAUCAAUAUGAGACAAUGCUCAAGGUUGCAAGAGCUGCCUCCAUCAGUCAUGGAUCUUGAGCAGUUAGAGGAAGUGGUCUGUGAUGAACAGACAAAAUAUUUAUGGGAAUCUUUCUUGUCGUGUCUCAACAACCUAAGGAUAAUUGUGGCCAAAGAGAAUAUCAACCUAAAUUGGCUCCAAAAGACUCAGUUCUGACACAUGUUUCCUCAAUGAACGUUGCUCUUAAAUCUCUGUGUGGUUUGCGUUUUUUAUGGGGCUUUUUAUACUAUGAUGUUUAGAGACCUUAGCUACUGUCCAGAAAAAUGGUUUGGUAGGAAACAAAGAGAAUGUUGUGAUUCAAAAUCAAGACGGAUUUCAUGAUUGGGGUCAAUUCCUGAACCUCCAAUGUUACAGCUGGAUUGGAUGAGCCUUUGAGGGAGUUGAAGAAGAUGGGAAAACCACAUUGGCAAUGAAAUUAUGUCAAGAUGAGGAAGUCAAAGGUAUGAUAAUACUUUCUAAUUGCUUUUUAUAUUCUGAAAUUCCUUAUCCCCACUGAGGAAAGAGCUAACCUAACCAGAAGAGUUAUAGUAGAAUUAAUCUGCAAUUUUGACAUCUUUUACUCUCAAUUAGUACUAGUAGUAUGCUAUAGAUGUCGUUCAUUGAGUUGAAGCCUUUUGUACACUUAACAGCUUAGGUUAUAUAUAACAUCAAAGUUAAUCCA